AAUAGUAAGACGACGCGCGUCACGUGAUUGAACCAUUCUCCUAAGUGUCAAAUAUUUCUUCCAAUACGUAACAAUCUUAAAGAACCAGCGUCGCGAUUGUUGAUUCAUCUGUCUGAUUGUGACGUCAUUAAACACACUAUUCAUCGACUGUAGUUUAUAACGAGAACUAUUAUGACGUAACAAUAAGAAAUGUCAAGUUGUUCUGCCAUUAUUACGUCAAAAUGGCUGUCGGUUGUAACAAUAUGAUGUCACGGUAUAUUUAUGACGUCAUAAGGGAUAUUUAUUAAACAUCUGCGAUAAAAGAAGAACGCGAUCGAUCGUUUUCGCGAUUUUAUUGUUGCUUCCAUUGUUUGCGGACAAUGGACGACAAUGGCAAGCCAGAAGGCGACGGAAGAAUGCGCCAACAAUUUGCACAAGAACUCGCAGCGGAUCGUCGAUUUCGUGCAUAUGACGUCAUCUCAUAAUUUUCUCGCGACUUCGGUUGCUGGAUCGUCGGGAAGUUUAGAAUUAUAUGGAGCGGAAAUCCGGGGGAGGUUGGGAUGUUUUCAAUCCCUCAUCAUAAAAGAAGCUUUCGCUAUUAUGAAGACAUUGUUGCCAGCGUUGCGAUUGUUAAAUAAUUCUAAAGAGUCGCCGCAAUCGAGCGAUUUGCAGAAAGCGUUGGAAUUACAAUGGGUCGACUUUACUCUAUGUCUUGAAAUGUUCGGAAGUGACGUCAAAGUGUUAUGGUUUCUAAACAAUGCUUAUAAUACGGCAGGUGAUUCCCUUGAUUGGAGCGGGAUAAAGACGGGAUUUCAUUCGCUUCCGAACAUCGAGUGUAGCGAUUGUGACGUAGAAGAUAAGCCUGUUAACUCUAGAAUGGAAGACGCGAUUCGUAAAACGGAAUUAAUUCUUCAUUCGUUGAAAACGCAGAUGGCGGUUCAAGCUUGGGCAGUGGAACAUUUCAGCUCUUUCGCGAUCGGUAGCGUACGAGCGGUGGAUGGCGAAACAAUGGGGAUAAAGUUCAUCUUGCUGAAGUUGCGACAUGGAUAUCCCCAUUUGUUUGUCGUCACUUCCGCUUCUAUUGCCAUCAUCGUCGUCGCUUUGUUGGUCGUCGCUACAUUUCUAUUCUGACGUCAUUUAAAUGAACUAUGACGUAACAAAAUGACUCAGGGCUUAUGAUGUAAUAAAGGAAUAAAUAUGCCAACGCGAUACAGCGUUUGUGCGAUCGUA